CUCUGUGUGGCGGGAUGGGGCUGCUGGAGGAGUGCGCCGCCGCCUUCGGCUCCCCCGACCUCUACCGCGUACUGGGCGUCCGCCGGCAGGCCUCGCCCGCGGAGAUCCGCCGCGGCUACCACCGCGCAUCUCUCCGCGUACACCCGGACCGCGCCGAGCUCCAGGACAAGGAAGAGGCGACAAGGCGAUUCCAAAUCCUGGGCAAGGCAUAUGCGGUGCUGAGCGACGCGGAGCAGCGCGCAGUGUACGAUGAGCAGGGCACGGUGGACGAGGAAGGCGAGGCGCUUAGGGGCGAGCGGGACUGGCAGGAGUACUGGCGGCUGCUCUUCAAGAAGAUCACAGUAAAAGACAUUGAAGACUUUGAAAAGAGCUACAAAGAUUCAGAAGAAGAGCUAGCUGACAUUAAAGCGGCGUACAUGGAUUUUGAGGGUGACAUGGACAGAAUAAUGGAGUCUGUGUUGUGUGUGGACUAUACAGAUGAACCAAGGGUACGGAGGAUCAUAGAGAAAGCCAUUGACGCUGGAGAAGUCCCAUCCUACAAAGCUUUUGUCAAAGAGUCUAAGCAGAAAAUGACCGCAAGGAAAAGGAGGGCAGAAAAAGAAGCUGAAGAAGCAGAAAAGUCUAAAGAUGAAUUGGGCCUCGGUGGAGAAGAUGACUUGAAAGCACUGAUUCAGAGCAGAAAUAAAGAUCGGGAAAAGGCAAUGGAUGAUUUCUUGGCCCAACUGGAAGCAAAAUACGGGAGUAAUGCUAAAAAGGGAGGAAGGAAGCCUGCGGCCAAGAAAAGAAAGAAAUAAGGAGUGCAGGCUGAAAUAUCAGGAGGAAGUACAUCAGUGGAGCAACAGAAGUGGAACAGCAGUGGGACAUAUUUUAAGCACAGCAAGUGAAAAAGCUGCAUAAUGCAAACAUGUAUUGUAACUCUUUCACUUACUACAAGUGUCCAAUAAAACAUCUGGAGGAGAAACAAGGCUUCUAGCUUCUCCAUAUUCUGUCUGAGCAUUGAAGGGAAGCUUUUAGAUGCCUUCUAAAGGGAGCUACACCAAUCUAACUGCACAAAAUACAACACAAGUCAAGCUUUAGUCACAGGAUGCAUAUAAAAGAGUAAGUAUUCUGUUUUCAAGAGACAGCCUUUUCAUAUGAAAGCCUUUUCACAGGAGAGGUAUCUGUACAUUAUUAUGUGCUUGAAACCUAUUGGAAAUGAUCAAGAAGCCUUAGCUCUUGAUAUAUGUUCCAAAGUUGACUGGAGAAGGGUGUUCACAGAACCAUUUAGCCUGGAAAAGACUUUUAAGACCUUGUGGUGUGACACUCCCAAGUCCACUACAAACCAUGUCCCUCAGCACCACAGUUAGAUGGCUUUUAAAUCCCAUUACGGAUAUGCUUUAACCACUUCCCUGAGCAGGCUAGGCCAGGGCUUGGCAAGCUUUUCAGGGAAGAUGUAUUUCCUAAUGUCCAAACUAAAAACUCCCUUGGUAAAACAUGAGGCCUGUAUUCUGUAAGAACACAUUAGAAAAGCUUCACACUGUAAUGAGCAUUUAAAAAAAUACUUUCCUACUUUACAUCCAUUUGAAUGUUUAUAGUAAUAAAGGGGAGAUGCUGACAAUUGUUAAGAGUGAUUAAAGGCUGAGGAAAGGGAACAGAAGCAUGAAAUUGUGGUAUUAGAAAUAUCAGGGACUAGGAACAUAGGACCAAGUAACAGGAUGGAUGACUUUAUAGGUAAACUGCCAAACUAAAAGUAAAGUAUGUCAAUUUACAACAGCUAGAAUAUAGAAAUACAUUAAAUCCUUAAUUGUUUAACCUUGUAGUGCCUGUAAAUGACUACACUGAGCCAGAUGAUUGUGCCAAAUGAACCCAAGGUACUCUACAUGUGAUUGAAGGAUCACUGAGCUCAUGAAGAGUCCCUUGGUCAGUCAGACAACCUAUUUAAGGUCAGCAUCUUACAGCCCAGUUUGGGCUAGGAUAGCAACAGGCAGUUUGACCUCAGAAAUCUAUAGUUUUAAGUUCAUCCUGAAGACAGAAAAAGCAAGUUGGUUAUCCAUAAAGAGAUGGUGGUAUUUGCUUUGCUCAUAUUGGAGAGAAUGAGGUCUAUAGGUCAUGUGCAAAACUACCUACAUGUGUAUGUAAUUCACUGAAUCACAGCUUGUAGCACAGGAAGCAUCAUCUUGUGGAACUCUGCUUUCUUAGGGUACACCACUUUAAUGGGCAGUUAAUCAAAUAAUUCAUGUUCUUUCUGUCCAACUGAAUGCCUUCUGUACAAGCUGGGCUCUCUAAAUAGGGUAACUGGUAGUGAGAAGCUGAUUUUGAAACGUACAAUCGAGCUCCCCUGAAAACAUCAUCCACAGAGCCUGGGGUCCCAGUUCGAGAGUGGCUGGUGCUGAUGGGAUGCAGGGUACGUGGAGGUGGGUUUCGCCUUCUGGUAGCACGUGACAGGGAUGAUGUGCUGAGCUCUAGAGGACGAUCUGGCCACAAUCUGUUACCAGAGAGGAUGGAACUGGAGCCUGGCCGUUUGUCAUCCAGGUCCCUGACAAAAGAAUUCCAAAACCAAAGGAGCUACGGUCAGCAUGAUUGCUAACUGCACUCUUACCACAGUCCUCCUCUACACAUAAGAUGAAUAAAAUCAUGGAAUGGCUUAGCUUGGAAGGCACCUUAGAGAUCAUCUACCUCAACACCUCUGCCAUGGGCAAGGAUGUGUCUCAGCUGGACUUGGUUCGCCAAGGCCCCAUCCAGCCUGGUCUUAAACACCUCCAGGAAGGGCACAUUCAUGACCUCCCUGGGCAACCCAUUCCAGGGUCUCACCACUGUUGUACUGAAGAACUUCUUCCUAAGAUCCAGUCUACACCUACUCUUGAGGCCUCAACUUCAAACCAUUCCCACUUGUCCUGUCAACAGACACCCUUAUGAAGUUUCUUUCCAGCUUCCCUGUAGGUUCCCUUCAGGUAUCGGAAGGGAACUCUUAAGGUCACACCUGGAGUCUUCCCCAGGCUGAAUAACCCCAGCUCCCUGUCCUUAUAGAAGAGAUGCUUCAUCCCUUGGAUCAUCCUUCUGGCCCUCUUCUGAACUCAUUCCAACAGUUCUAUGUUCUUCUUAUGAUGGGGACACUAGUACUGGACUCAGUAUUCAUGGUGUGGUCUCACAAAAGCAGAGUACAGGGCAGAGUCUCCUCUUGAUGCAGCCCAGAAUACGGUUUGCCUUCUAGGCUACACGAGCACACUGCCAGCUCAUGGUGAGCUUCUCAUCAAUCAGUGCCCCCAAGAAUAUUUUCAUGUGUGGACAAUUAUGUGUCUUCCUAUUUUUAUGUAACAUAAUUUACAGCCAAAAUAAAAAAGAACAGGGGAUGGAAAAAAAACCCAAACCUUUUUUAUUUUGUUUACUGAACUAUGAGCUUUCUGAUUGAAGAUUCCAGUAUGAAAGUAAAAAUUAGUCACAGAACAGAUUAAAAAAUCCCACAAUGUAAACAUCAGUCUUCACACCCAUAGCCUAGAUCUAGUUCUAGGAACUAGGCAAAUGGCUUUCUCUGUCCCAUUUGGAGCUUGUAUCUCUUUCCAGGGUGUCAGUUAGGGCCAACAGCUGUUCACUAAGUGGUAAGCCAGCAGGAAUCAACCAGAAAACCAGUGCACUAAGUAAACUAUUUGACAGAGAACAAAUAACCAAGCAAUCAGGAAGACAAACAAGAAUUGCUUUCUCCAGUGCUCUACUUGGUAAGAGGUGAUCUAUAGUUCUUACAGUGUUUUCUCUAGUGCAGGCAGAUUCCUUUGCUGUAACUGCAUCCCAUGUAUCACCAUCAAGCCAUUUAGGUUAUGCUGAGAGCCACUGCUUGACCCUUGAGAGAGAUUUACCUGAAAAUUUGAAAAACAGGUAAGGAAAUUACUGUUUUGCAGAGACACACAUGAACAUGUUUAGAGAUUUUGUCCCUGUAAACAGUUUUGGAGGGAAAAAGUUAGAUUCUUCCAUGCCAUCCAAACAGUUAAUUAUCUCCCCACCUAAGCUAGGCAUCUUAGCAUUUGUGCUAGUUUGAGCCUAGCUGGGAUACUUUAGUGAGAGGAAUUAGAUGAUAGGCUGUGAAAAGGAAACAAUGGUGAUGUUUACUGCACUCAUAGGCUUGCUGAGAUGUAUAAGAACAAGAACACAAAUAUAGAUAACACAGUUGCUCUAUGGCUUUUUAGCUGCCUCCCUUCUCUCUCUCUCCAGUCUGCUGUCUGUGUGACUAAUCUGACUGCUCCCUAACCCCCCUGGCUGAUUCUUGAAAGUCACCUUGACCAUAAGGCAAAGUCUGGAACAAGGUAGAGGGGUGGGAAGAAGGUGGAAGGGUCGCUGGGAGCCCCUCCUGGGGACUCUGGUUUCUGGGAGGGCUGUUGUGUUUCUGUAUUGCUUUUUGACUUGUGUAUUUCUGUCUAUAGCUGGAUAUAUUGUAGAUAUCUGCUUGUAUAUUGAGCUAAGCUGUAAAUAUAGCUUCAUUCUUUAAUUUCCA